AAAUGAAUUCAUAACCUUAUUCUUGUAAAACCUCUCACGGAUCUUCCUCGCGACUCGCGUUAAACCGUCGGACGAUCUUAGCCGGCGUUCUUGAAGUUUCAAAUGUUUUGCUGAAAGGCUUGAAAAAUGCUAAGGUCGGUUGUGUUGGGCUGCGGGGCGAAAGUGUUGAAACAGGUGCGGAGGCCGUCUUCGGCCAGCUCGGUCGCAGUCCCGUCGGACGAGACGCGGAAAGAGCCGGCCAAGACCCAGGGCGACGCGACCCCUCCCGCGGCCAAUAGCCACAAGUCGCAAAUGAUCAAAGCCGCUUUCUCAUCCCUCAAGCACAAUUUCAACUCCGUCGACGAGAAAAUCCUCGAGGCGAAUACUCCGGACGAACUGCUUGUCCUGGCCCAAGAUCAAAAUCUCACCAGGGAACAGGCUCUCAGGAUAGUUACAACUUUGGCAGAAUGGUCAGUAAAUGGACAAGCGGAUAUGAGCAAGUUUGAAACGGAUCCAAGAUUCGUCUCCCUCUGUCAACUACUAGGACGGACGUCAAGGAUAUUACCGUCUCAAGUAAUGAAUAAACAUGGUGAUAUUUCAGUUAUUCUUGGCGUUACAGGAGAAGAUGAAGCAGCCAAGCUUGUUGCAUCUAUCACUCUCCCCCAGAUGGUCAAAGUGUUGAGUUCUCUGGCUAACAAGCGCCGAAGGUCAGUUCCACUUUUGCGUUCCCUAGCUUUCAAUAUAGAGCGAUAUCCAAUAAAAUUGGAUAUAAAACAGGCUUCUGAUGUUUUGUACUCAUUGGCCCUUCUUCAUUAUCCCGAUGAAGUACUGUUGGAAAAAGUGACCUCCGACUUACUGGAGAGUAUUCCUUCAUGUCAAAAGCCUUCAGUUAUAAGUUCAAUUUGCACAAGUUAUGGACUGCUAAAGUAUAAAGACUUAGAACUUUUAGACACUUUAUCUGAAUGGGUGCUUAAAAAUAAAGAUAAAUGUCGAAACCAAGAAAUUGUUUCAUUACUUUUGACAUUAGCAACUGUUAACCACACACCUGCUGUUGCAGAUAAAUUUUUUGAGGAGCUAGUGCCUUCUUUGACAAUUCAAGAUUUGCCAUCGUCUCUUGUUUGGCUUGACUUCGUCUGGGCUUUAACUGUCCUAGGGCAUGCGACGCCUGAACACUUCAAAUCAAUAUUAUGCGAACAAUUCGCCCAAAAGUUAAUUACGUGUCAGACAAGUGAGAAUAAUUACUCUUGGAAAAAAAAGAUCCUUAAUAUCAAUGGAGUGGCACGAUUGAAUAAAGAAUAUAAAGGCCCAAACUUAGACAGUAGAGAUUUUACUUUCCCAAUGGUACGAAACAAAGAGAAGCAGGCUUUAUUCAAUUCUGUAAUGGAUGCUCUUUCCAACAUAUUGCCCUCAUCCACAUUUUUAAGGACUAAUGUAGACACAGGAAUGGGGUUUAUGAUCGAUGGUGAAUGUCUAAUUGAUGAAAAGAUGACUCCUUUACCAGUUGUUGAUAAAAAGACUGGACAGCCUCUCUCGGUCCCGAAAGCAUCUAAGAUUGCCAUUAUGGUGUGGGACUAUCACGAUAAAACGAAAGGGAGAGUUACAACGCUGAACGGACUCAGUGCAUUGAGUUCCCAACUGCUUAUUUCGAUGGGCUAUAAAAUCCUUUCUGUACCUUAUUCAGAUUACAACCCUAGAGAGAAAUUGACCCUUCGUGUACAAUAUUUAGAGCGACAAAUUAAAUCCAUUGUCCAGUCAAGUAGCUAAUUGAAGAAUGCUGGCUGUAGAUUGUUUUUAUGAUGUAGAUUCGACAUUUUAAGCAGAGAGAAUGAUCGUUAAGCAAUAUUUGUAUAUGCAAGUUCCAAACAGACUAACGAGUGUAGUUUGUCAAGAAUUUUUGUUAUCUAACCAAGUGGUAAUAAAUAUUUUGCUUUUAUUGUUUCCCUCUUAUAAUAUUUUGUACAUUGUUAUGAAAUACUUGUACAUAAUAAAUAAAAUUUGUGAAAAAACAUUGGCUGAUCAGUGUUUUUUCAUUGUCUACGGAUGUAUAAAA